UCAUCAUCAUCAUCAUCAUCAUCAUCAUCAUCAUCAUCAUCAUCAUCAUCAUCAUCAUCAUCAUCAUCAUCAUCAUCAUCAUCAUCAUCAUCAUCAUCAUCAUCAUCAUCAUCAUCAUCAUCAUCAUCAUCAUCAUCAUCAUCAUCAUCAUCAUCAUCAUCAUCAUCAUCAUCAUCAUCAUCAUCAUCAUCAUCAUCAUCAUCAUCAUCAUCAUCAUCAUCAUCAUCAUCAUCAUCAUCAUCAUCAUCAUCAUCAUCAUCAUCAUCAUCAUCAUCAUCAUCAUCAUCAUCAUCAUCAUCAUCAUCAUCAUCAUCAUCAUCAUCAUCAUCAUCAUCAUCAUCAUCAUCAUCAUCAUCAUCAUCAUCAUCAUCAUCAUCAUCAUCAUCAUCAUCAUCAUCAUCAUCAUCAUCAUCAUCAUCAUCAUCAUCAUCAUCAUCAUCAUCAUCAUCAUCAUCAUCAUCAUCAUCAUCAUCAUCAUCAUCAUCAUCAUCAUCAUCAUCAUCAUCAUCAUCAUCAUCAUCAUCAUCAUCAUCAUCAUCAUCAUCAUCAUCAUCAUCAUCAUCAUCAUCAUCAUCAUCAUCAUCAUCAUCAUCAUCAUCAUCAUCAUCAUCAUCAUCAUCAUCAUCAUCAUCAUCAUCAUCAUCAUCAUCAUCAUCAUCAUCAUCAUCAUCAUCAUCAUCAUCAUCAUCAUCAUCAUCAUCAUCAUCAUCAUCAUCAUCAUCAUCAUCAUCAUCAUCAUCAUCAUCAUCAUCAUCAUCAUCAUCAUCAUCAUCAUCAUCAUCAUCAUCAUCAUCAUCAUCAUCAUCAUCAUCAUCAUCAUCAUCAUCAUCAUCAUCAUCAUCAUCAUCAUCAUCA